AUGCGCCACGGUAGCAGCGCGGUGCCGCCGCCACCUAGCGCUCGUCUGCACGCCGUUGCACUCCUGGCCGGCCUCGCCCGCCGCGCGACGACGCCGGCGGCGGCGAGGCAGCUCCAAGCGCAGCUCCUCGUCCGGGGCCUCCCUCUCCCCGCCCGCGCCGCCGUCGCCCUCAUAGCCUCGGCCCAUUCUCCGCGCCACGCCCGCGCCGUCUUCGACAGCGCCGUCCCCGCCGCCUCCGAGAACGUCUACCUCUGGACCGCCACCAUCGCCGCUUACGCCAGGCACGCCUCGUCCUCGCCGUCGGCGGCCGAGCAGGCGCUCGCGCUGUUCCGGCUCAUGCUUCGGCGCGGCGUCCCUCGCCCGAACGCCUUCACGGCGAGCUCCGUGGUCAGGUGCUGCUCGGCGCUGCGGGCCGUACGAGUGGGGAUCCAGGUGCAAGGGUUCUUGGCGAAUGCCGGACUCGGACGUGCAGCGCACGUGGGCGCCGCGUUGGUUGACAUGUACGGCAACCUUGGUCGGGUGGCGGAUGCGAGGAGGGUGUUCGACGAAAUGCCUACCGCAAGCGUGGUCCUGGGGAAUACCAUGGUGGCGUGCUACGUCAGGGCAGGGGAUGUGGAGGCCGGGCGGGCUGUGUUUGACAGGAUGGUGGAAAGGGACCCAAUCUCUUGGAACACGCUGAUGAUGGGGUACUUGCGGCAGGGGGAAGCAGGUGCGGCAAGGGACUUGUUUGAAGAGAUGUCAGACAGGAAUGUGAACAGCUGGAACAUGGUGAUUGCUGCAUGCUCGCAGGAGGGGUCGUGGGCUGAUGCGGUCGCAGUGUUCAAUCGGAUGCGCCUCACAAGGUUCCAACCUGAUCCCGCUACGAUGGCGGUGCUGAUGUCCGCCUGUGCACAGCUUGGUUCUCUGUCAGUUGCAAGUCAGGUGCAUGGGAUUUUGAGGAAAGGCUGUGUUGAAAUGAACUUCCAUGUGCUGAAUUCAUUGAUUGACAUGUAUGCUAAAUGUGGUAGUGUCAGCCAAGCUCAUUUGUUGUUUGUUGAGACACGUCUAAAGGACACAGUGUCUUACAAUGUGAUGAUCUGUGCUCUUGCACACCAUGGACAUGGUAGGGAUGCACUUCAGAUCUUUAAUGAGAUGGCUGAGGAAGGGUUGCAGCCAGAUGCGGUCACUUUUCUUGGCGUUCUGUCAGCUUGUGCUCAUGCUGGACUAGUUCAUGAUGGAAAGUUAUACUUUGAAUCUAUGAGAACAAAUUAUGCAAUUGAGCAAUCCCCGGAUCACUAUGCGUGCAUGGUGGAUCUCUAUGGCCGAGCUGGACUCAUUGAGGAAGCAUACCAGUUAGCACGGGCGAUGCCAAUGAAACCACAUGCAGGUGUCUGGGGAGCCUUGAUCAAUGCCUGCAGGAAGCAUUGCAAUGUUGAAGUUGGUAAGGUUGCAGCGAGAGAGCUCAUUGCUAUUGAACCCAGGAAUCCUGGAACCUAUGUACUCCUUGCCAACACGUUGGCUCGUGGUCAGCAAUGGGAUUUUGUUGAGACUGUGUGGCAGUCAAUGAGAGGAAAGGGUAUUGAGAAAACGGCAGGGUGCAGUUGGCUUGAAGUGGAUAAUGUUGUUCAUGAGUUCUUGAUGGGGGAGUCCAGCCACCCUAAUUCCGAUGAGAUUUACAGUAUCCUUGAGCAUCUGUAUCUGCAACUGACUUAA